AUGGGGUCUGGGGCAGAGCCCCAGUCGCCGGAGGCAUACAACAACAACCCCACAUUGGCCGCCGGUGAAGGUGUAUAUCUGGACCGAGAUAGUUCCGGAGAUAAAGGGCUGUGCAUGCAUGUUCCCCUUAAGCGGAUCUCCGUCCGGAAUAAUUGUAAGGCCGGGGUUCGGCUUGCCCACUUUUCAAAGGUCCACGGGUUAUUUCAGUACUCUCAACGGUUCAACGUUACUGGAUCAAGGUCUUUCUCGGUUGAUAUUUUCUUGCCACUGAUUUUUGCUCAAUAUUUGCUUGCCUCCGGUUAUUGGUCACAUUCACACCUUAAUUUAAAAGAUAAUAUAAGAAGGAACUACAAAAUGACGAACGAUACUGCUUCUUCAUAUUCGGAUGAGUACAAAGUUAUCCGCAAUCACCCCUAUGUUAUCGAGUUGCUGGAUUCAGGAAACUACGAAGUGAAUCAUGCUUAUGAUGUGCCAGAUGAUCAAAAAGAUCACUCGCUUACUGCUGGAACUCUGAUCGGAAAGGAUUUGAUCUCGCAUACACCUCUGGCUCUGUUCCUUCGGUCAGAUCUCAUAACUGAACGCCAGGAGUCAGAACUCAUAGUAUUCUACCAUCUUGGAUCAAGACUCUGUGGACACAAGGGUAUUAUCCAUGGCGGUUUGCUGGCGACUUUGAUUGAUGAAACGUUCUGCAGAUGUGGAUUUCCUCUGUUGCCUAAUAAGUUGGGCGUCACUGCGACCCUUGAUAUUCAGUAUUUGGCACCUACCAAGGCCGAAAGCAUCAUAGUCGUGCGAGCCAAGACAACAAAAGUUGAGGGAAGAAAGGUUUGGAUCGAGGGAGCUGUGUCUGCGCUGCCAUAUCCCGAUGCAUACGAAUCCGGCCACGAGCUGACGCCAGCUGUCAAGGCCAAAGUUCUCUUAGUCGAACCUCGCUGGGUCGAAAAGCUCCCGAAAUUCUCCGAGGGAAAGACCGAACUGGCCACCGAAGAGGGCACAAGCGAAGCUCAGCAACAACAGCCUACUGCGUAG